AUGGAAGAAGCCGUGGAGAGUGACGAUGAUGAAAUCAUAGAAGUUGGCCCAGAUGGGCUUCGUGUGGUGUCGGAUUGCCUCGAAUCUUUGCUGAUUCAAAAUGGGGAGAACGAUGCCGUUCGAACCUGCCGUCUCUGCGAUGCGCGAUUCCGCAUGGGUUAUGUCACUGUGGCUCGAGAACCGUUUGUCAAUGCCACGGAGGACGAGCUAGUACUCCAUUUUACUUCAGAACAUGCUGAAGCGUGGCAUGCCUUGCGCACCGAAGUAUGA